GCUCUGGCUCGGCACAGCCAGGCGCACGAUCGGCUGCAGACAGCAGAGAAAGGAGAAGACAUUUUUGUUUUAAAGAACAAGGACCGCAGUGUUUUGACUACGAACAGUGUCGUGAUUACAAGGACGUCCCUUCACGCCUUACCCCGCUUGCCUUCUACAACGCGUUGACAAAUUCAUCAUUUAGUACCCGGGACCUAAACGUAGAGAGUGUGUUUUUAAACAGGGACCGCGCAGAUAAUUUUUUUUUGGGGCCGACUCGUCUUUUGAUGAUGCCAAAAUGAUUUUAGAAAAAAGAAGCAGCUGCAUGAAGGACGAAGAAUAAUGGUUGGAGCUACGCGUGUGCGCUUUGCGUUGACAGCGCCGAAUGUGUCCCCCGUCAAUCACCGCACAGGUGUUGCAGCGCACGUGCAGGUAGCGGGACGCGUUAGAUUGACUCCGAUCACGCAAAACGCAAGUCCCGUAGAGAACCUUCAUCAAUUUCCGUUGCUAUAAUAAUAACAACAACAACAACGAAAAAGCAGCACAAAUCUUGCGGAUAAUUACGCAGUGCUAUUUAGAUUUUUUUUUAAAGGGACAUUAUAAUUUUUUAAAGGGUUAUUCAUGCACGCGCAACCUGUAAAAAAGGUGGAGGUCAAAAUGAUGAAAGCAUCAAAACUGCUCAGGAGCAAGGUGUGUCUCUUCAUCGUCCUGGCUUUGCUGUCACUCUACGGGAUUUACGAGCUCUUGCCGAUGCACGGCAAAUUCGACGAGCAGAAACUCAUUCGGCUGGUGAAGCGAUCUGGCGUCCUGUGGAAGAAAAACAAAACCGCUACGACACUGUUCAGGCAAAAAAUUGAGAAGUGCUGUGACCCGCUGAAAAGCUUCGCUCUCACGCAGAAGAAUUCUCCGGUGGGAAAGAAGAUAUGGUUUGACGGAGAGCUGUUCCAUUGGAUCACUGUGGACAACGACACCUUUGGUCUAUUCCCACCUCACCAGCCGCUGGGUCAGAAGCUUCUGAAGAGAUGCGCCAUCGUCGGGAACAGUGCCAUCAUGUUGGACCACGGCUGUGGAAAAGACAUCGACAAGGCUGACGUCAUAUUCCGGUGCAACCUGCCCCCAAUUACAAAGCAGUAUGAGCCAGACAUUGGCACAAAGACACACCUGGUUACAGCCAACCCCAGCAUCAUACAAAUAAGGUACCAAAACCUGCUGUGGUCGAGGAGGGCCUUCUCGGAGAGCAUGCGCGCCUACGGCCACAGCUUCGUGUACAUGCCGGCCUUCUCCAUGCGCGCCGCCACCGAGUCGUCGCUGCGGGUCUACCACACGCUGCACGACUGCCACCAGAACCAGACCACCGUGUUCGCCAACCCCAGCUUCCUGCACAGCGCGGGCACCUUCUGGACGGAGAACGGCGUGCGAGCGAUGCGCCUCUCGACGGGCAUGUUCCUGGUGAGCGCCGCCCUCGGCAUGUGCGAGGACGUUCACCUCUACGGCUUCUGGCCCUUCAGCGAGGACCUGAGCGGCCGCGCCAUCAGCCACCACUACUACGACGACGUGCCGCCCCUCUGGUACUACCACGCCAUGCCCGAGGAGUUCGAGCAGCUGUGGAUGCUCCACCAACGGGGCAUCCUGCGCAUGCACCUGGAGCAAUGUGACCCGUCCGAGUAACCGUCGCUCUGUCGUCACGCGAGUUUUUUUUGGUUUUGUUUUUACGGGUGUCCGGACCCACGUUGUGAGGUUUCUGUCACGUUCAGGCGAGUCGUGCCUCUGUGUAGGUGUUGGCCGUUGUGCUUGAUAGCUCUGCGAUCUAAAGAGUUGUUUUGGGUUGCGCUUCGUUCGGGAUUGCCACCUGUUCUGGUUUUCCCAAGGUGGCCCUCAUAUUGAGGUGGCUGUCCCAGUUUUUUUGUGUUAACUAAAUAUUUGCGGAUGCAAAAAGAAAACGUUCCACAAUAAUAAACCAAUUAACACAACGUGUAUAUAUGUAGUACUUUACCCCUUGUAAGUAUCGACAGAUAUUUUUUCUUCCCAUGAUAUGUCCCCGUGUUUGAUUUGUACCUCAGAGGUGACAACCCUCUACCACGUGUCACUCCCCGCGUUGUCCGUCCCCGAAGCAGCUCCCGGCACGUGGAGCAAAACGUUGUGACGCUGUGCCAAACAGCACAGAGUACAACCCGAAAAAAACAUCGGAGAGAUAAGAGCACAGCCGCCAAUCACCUAUGCAGCCGUACUGCUGGGUAUUGCGAGGGCCUGGUUGACGUGCUGCCAGUUGUUUCCACCCCUUUUCGCCUGAAUGUUGCAAAAAAUGUGCCAAUUUCUCCCGUUACCUCUACCAUUGAGAAAAUUCGCCGAGGGUCCAUGGGUUUUUUGCGAAUUCUUUCCUUCUAGAUUUGAAGCUUUCGUGACUGCAAUGAUUCAUAUUCUUAGGUUUUUUCGGUAAAGUCACGUAGGUAAAAAAACAUUAAAAAGUAAAAUAA